AUCAAUCUGUCGCAAAUCGCUCGCGGUGACGGGUGGCUGGCUGCUUGGAGGAAACUGAACUGGAAGCCUCGCUGUUUGAAUGACAAAACGCUCGCCAAGUGAGAGUGGUCCAAGCUCCCCCGGAUGUUUUGGAAGCUUUCUCUUGGGCAAUUACGUCAUUGUUCCUGUCUCCAACGUCCAGAUUGAGUUGAGCGACUGCACUUCCUGCCAUCCCAUCCUGCCCAUCCUUUCUUGCCAACCCCAUCAUUGGCAACACAAUGACCCUGUAUACGGCAUUCGGAGUAAGCAUGAAGGAGCGAAUUCAGCCAAGUUCGGGCAUUUCCCGGUGUUUGAAGUCCACUGGCAGCCUCAAGGGGAGAUCCAGUCUGACACAAUAGACGGAUGGACUGGAUCAUUGUAACCGGUUUGUUUCAUUCUGGCUUUCGGUGACACCUCUCCACCCUUCAAUCCCUUGUCUUUCCUCUCUUUUUCUGAAAAUAUAUCUUGAACUCACCGUCUCUUCCGUCUCGUCCUUUGUGUCUAGUGUCUCUACAAGUUCUUUCGGCUCGGCUUCGGCGUCUACAACCAUUUAACCCAACUACCUAUUUGAUCUGGAUAAUACCAAUUAAAUCCUCUUCCCCUCCAAUCACCUUUCGAUCAUCUUGAAGACGGUUAUACCCCUCGACUCGGUAGUCUGAAUUCUUAUCUGAAAAACACCAAAACAACAAGCACACGAAACCAUGAUGCUCCGAACAUCGCGACCUCUUAUGGGCACUGCGCAAAGGCUGCCACUCCUGGUCCGCUCUACCCACACAAAGUCCUUCAACAGCCCAAUUGCGCCACUUGUAACCCGCAAUGCGCAACUCCAAAAGUCUGUGGGCUCCCCGUUGGUGUUCCGGUCGACCUUCUCCUCCAAGCCUCCAAUUCAGCCCAACCACAUCGAUACGCAGCACGAAAAGGAAUUGGCCCAGCAAAAGCUCAAGGCAGACCCAGAGCACAUCUCCGUGGACUCCUCCGUCCGCCCUUUUUUUGAGCAGGACCAACCUACCGCAGCCAAGGCAAAGGAUCCCACUGAAAGUCUGAAAGAUGACUUGGGCCUUGUCAAGGACACAUUGGCACUCAAGACCGUUCCUCGAGAGACCUACGCCCUCGGUUUUGCUGGCACUAUCCCUUACCUAGCUACUUCUCUUUCGACCGUCUACCUCUCCUGGAACCUCAACCAGAGGUACCCUUCCGAAUCCGACUUCCUCAACACCAUCCUGUUCAGACAUGAGACAGUCAAAGACCUGCUUGAUAUCAUUGAACCCAUCCAGGUGGGCUAUGGUGCGGUGCUCAUCUCUUUCCUCGGCGCCAUUCACUGGGGCCUAGAGUUUGCCGAGAAGACUCCUUCACUCGCCCGCACCCGCUUCCGCUACGGCAUGGGCCUGUUGGCACCCAUCAUUGCUUGGCCCACCACGUUUAUGCCUAUCCAAUGGGCCCUGACCACACAGUUCCUUGCCUUCACCGGUCUCUACUAUGCCGAUUCCCGCGCGACCGUCAAGGGCUGGGCACCCUCGUGGUAUGCCACGUACCGUUUUGUCCUGACGGGCAUCGUCGGUAUCGCUCUCUUUAUCAGCAUCCUCGGUCGUCUCAAGAUCGGCGAGACCCAUGCUCGCCUUAGCACUGAAGAGCUGAAGGAUCUUGUGAGCUACAAGCAUCAAACCGACCAGCCUUACCACGACUGGGACAAGGAGGAGGCCGAGGAGAGGAAGAGAAUCAAGAAGGAGAAGCAGGAGGAAGAGAAGAGGAAGAAGGAAGAGGAGGCCAAGAAGAAGCAGGAGGAAAAGGUCAACAAGCAAAAGACCAAGGGCAGCUCCGACAUGAAGGAAAAGUCGGAAAACAAGGGUGGCGUGGACAGCAAGAAGGAGGGUGACAAGAACGUCAACCCCGACAGCAAGAAGGCACCCGCUGACAAGAGUGACAAGAGUGAGGAUGACAAGAACGAGGAGAAGUGAGGGGGCUACAAUUUUUCUUAAGGGGGCAAGAAGAGUGUUAAACCCCUAUGCUACUUCAAAAGCAUAUCAAGUCGUGGCAUUUUUUGGUGAAGGUUUUUUUUCCGGUGUUAUAGUUGGAUCAAGCGAGGGAAGGAGUUGAGCAGCGAUCAAGGUACUCGGGGCUGAUCUUUGAUGAUGGCGGCAAUGUAUGUAAUUCCGCAUGUUUUGUGGUGUCUUUUGCUUAUAGCAUGGGCGUUCCUAGAGCGUCCCGAAUUUUUCAUGACUUCAACCAUCAAUAUUUUACGAGCUGUUUUGGUGUUCAACCCC